AUGGAGAAAUCGGAAGCAAAAAAGAUGUUAUCCUCCUGUUUAGAGAAAGAAACAUGUAAUAAAUCCUCGGUACCUAUAGAUAAUAUCGAAAAAGAAACAUGCUAUGACUAUGCAGAAUCAUGUAAUCGAAAUCAGAUGGUAAUUAGGAAGAGGGAGACUCCCUUGAUAGCGAAAAACAAUGAAGGUUCCCCGGACGCAAUCCACUCAGACUGGUCGGUGAGGGCACUGGCGGAGGCUUUCCGCAGUGUACAGCAACAGCUGCAGCAAGUUCACCAGCUGCAACAAGUACUGCAACAGCUGCACCAACAACAGCAGCGGGAACGGCAACAGCGUCAGCAGCAGCCGCAGAGACAACAACAGCAGCAACAACAGCGGCAUCAGACGUUGAGUGGAGCAGCGACUGUGAUUGGUGGACGACACAAGGGCCCCACACUCCGUGGUGCACGGCCGAAAGAAGACGCGGGACCAGAGGAGGGAAGCAAAAGCACUCUCCCUGGCUACAUAAAAGCAUGUAUUCAACGACCAUCAACCCUUGCGGUGUCAGGCGCCCCAUAG